AUGGCCAAUGGUAACUUAAAUCCACUUUCUGUUCCUAUCCCCAUCUUUACUGGACGAAAAUAUGAUACUUGGAGGAUUAAGAUGGAGACAUAUUUUUUGUCCCAAGACUUAUGGGACAUUGUUAAUGAGGGAAUCUCUACUCCAGACAACACCUCCACUCUAUCUGAGCAACAACAGAAGCAGUUGAAAGAAAGUAGUCAGAAAAAUGCAGCAGCACUUUACAUCCUUCAACAAGCGGUGGAGGAUGACAUUUUUUCAAAAAUUUAUGAAAUUAAGACGGCGAAAGAAGCAUGGACAGCGUUAAAAAAAGAGUUCCAAGGAAAUACACAGCCUACCGCAUUAUCAGACGAGGAUAAGAAGCAAUGCGAGAAAUACUUGCCGCUAUAUAAAGCUAUACUCGAAGGCAGCCUGGAAACUGUACAACUGAUCUGUCAUGAUAAUAAAGAGGCACUAAAAGCCAGGAUCACCGUAAACUGGGACACAGCUCUUCAUGUAGCUGUUGGGAUUGGGACAUGCAAGGAAAAUGAUAUUGUCAAGUAUCCAUUGGAUGAGAUGUCAAUUGACGAUCUGGCACAGCAAAAUAAAGAGGGCAACACGAUUCUUUCCAUUGCUGCAAUUGUUGGAAAUGUCCGAGCAGCCUCCAUGAUAUUGAUGAAAAAUAAAUAUAAAACUUUAAUUCAAGCUUCAAACAAUUCUAAAAGAAUACCUUUGAUUGAGGCAGCUCGACAUGAUCAAAAGAAGAUGAUUGAAUUUUUAUUGCCUUUCAGCAACAGCUACUUCGAUUAUGCAGACUUAACAGGUUUUGGUGAUGACUCUGGCUUUUCUUUCCUAAAUUCGCUUAUAAUUGCUGGAUUUUAUGGCUUGGCACUAAAAUUGCUUCACAUACAUGGAAAUUUAACUACAAAGCAGUUACCUACUGGUGAGUCUCUUUUGAGUACCAUAGCAGGAAAGCCGUCUGCAUUUCGGAGUGGACAACAAACAAAGCGAAAGUUUUUGCAAUUCUUCAAAGAUUGUAUAUUUGAUAAGCUUAUGAAUCGUCAAAAGAAGGUAUUACGCCUCAUAUCUGGUAGAAGUGGUUAUAAACAUAUGUUAUUACAAUCUCAAGACAUUGACAAGAACAAUGUCUUGCACUUUGCUGGAAAACCCAAAAGUAAAGCAAAUCAGCUUUCUAGUGCAGCUCUGAAUAUGCAGCAAGAGUUACAGUGGUUUAAGAAAGUAGAGAAAAUGGUGCCGCCUGACUAUCGAAAGGAAAAAAAUUCGGAAGGAAAAACUCCAAGAAUGGUAUUUAUUGAGGAACAUAAAGAACUCAUUAAAGAAGGUGAGGAACGGAUAAAAGGUGUAGCAUCUUCAUGCUCACUAGUAGCAUCUUCAUGCUCACUAGUAGCAUCAUUCAUUACCACAAUAGUAUUUGCAGCAGCAAUCACUAUACCAGGUGAUUACAACGAUGAUGGCCACCCAAAUUUGUACGAACAUACAGCCUUCACAAUCUUUAGUAUUUUUAAUUCAUUCUGUUUUUUCACAACAAUUGGUGCCAUCAUAAUGUUCGUAUCCAUCCGCACUUCACGCUAUGGAGAAGAAGAUUUUCUUUUUGCCCUGCCCAAGCAGUUAACGUGGUGUUAUGUUAUCCAUCCGCACCACUCUUUAUCUGGUGUUUCGUGA